AUGCGCUCGACUCGGAGCGUUGUAGGUAUAAACACAGGCCAUAAAUUCGCAUCUCGAGAUGUCGAAGAACAAUCUUUGCAACCUCAAUUCACCAAAUAUGCACAUAGUGUGCUUGCAUGCUCAUCGCGGCAUGCACUGGUAUACCGCGCUGAUGUUUGGUUUGCGAUAUUUGUUCUGCUGGUGUCACUUCCAGCCGCUUCACUAUUUGUUGGCCUUCGUCUUACUCCCUCCACCAUCCUCCCCAAUCAAGACGCGGCCAAAAUCUUCUCCCUGGGUGUAACUUUGUUGGCAGUAUAUUUCACGACCCUGCUUCUCGUUAUCGCCCAAUCACGUUGGCCGUUAUUCUUUCAACUCCAUCGUUUAUUAUGGUCAUCGGAAUCACGUCCACGAAAGCGAUGGCACUGGUCAAAUAUGUCUUCGCGUCGCCUUCGACGACUCGUCAGGCUUGACGUAGCCACAAUCUUUGUCAUGGGCGCCGAUCGUGCCUCGGUACCAAUCUUCGUUGCUGGUGAUACGACCGUUGGAGACAUUAUCCAAACCUUGCGGAAUCGUCGUCUCAUCCCCCACUCCUCUAAAUACCACGCGCUUUACCUCCAUGGCCGUCUUUCUCGUCUCCCCGAGCUUGCGACAAUGCAGGAACUGGGAACAACGGCAUUAUCUCAUUUCGAUCUCCGGGUUCGGGUACUCGGAGGUUCAGGUCGGCCACGGCGGGAUGGAAACGGCGCACGCAUGGCGGAGAUAUUUGCUGCGGAGCAUGUACAGGAAGAUGGUGAACCCAAAAAGAAGACCAAACGGCGGCGCGGGAAGCCUCGCAAAGCGUCAUCGAAGGCAGCUGAGAAGGUGAACGUCGAGGGAAAUGACUCGGACGAUCUCGAUGGGGAUUUCACGGGCUCAGAUACCAGCGACGACCAAUCCGAGUCGGAUUCUGACUCUGACAUUCAAGUGGUUGAACCAGUGACAAAUGCGGAGAUGGCAGAUCUUCUUUCCGGGUCAAGUAAAACCGUCGGCGCAUCUUCGAGCGGCCGGAAGAAGCGAAAAGCAAGCGACCGUGCCGAGAAGCCUCCAGCAAAGAAACGCAACACCUCUGACACGGCUCCACCGCCAGCGCCAGAUGACGAGCCGCUUCCUGCGACAAAAGCCGCAGAAACAAAGACGGUGAAGGCGUCACGCGAAAGAACUGCAGUCGCGUUCUUGUUCUUCGAACGUGUGGAACUCAACGCCAAGGGGCAAGCCGGACUGGAUGGUGACCGGCACUUCCGCUGCUUACAUGGUGACCACAAGGUUAUCACAAUUACCAAGAAGAUGAAGUCCAGCACCAACGGCCUUGUCGGGUAUCUCAAGUCCCAUGCUCCUCCCAUGUACCGUCUUCAACAAAUUCUGGCGGAACGCGCCCGGGAAGACCCCGCAGUAACCGGCCGCAGUAACGAGCCAACCACGGAGGAGAUCGAGAUCGCGCAGGGCCGGCGCACGUUCGAUGAGGUGUCGGAAGAGAGCUAUCUUGCACGACUCCGACAGGGACAGCCGACACUUUCGGAAACAAUCUCUCGACAAAAGGCGCGGGCAUGGGAUCAGAGGGAGUUCGAGCGACUUCUGGCAGAAUGGGUAGCAGAAUGCGACCAGCCGUUUGAUGAGACAGCCUGA